GUGCUACUUCCUGGUGUCUGAAUAAACUGGUAGCCCUUUCACUCAGCGCUGCACACGGUGAAGGUUAAGUGGUUUAAAUUUCAGCCUGACCUCAGUGUGCAGAAGACCACCCUCCUCACAGAGCUCCUAUUUCUGCCCGAAAGGGACUUGAAAUAACUUGCGCCGUUGAAGUGGGAUGCAGGCAGCUGGUAAAAUCAUGAAGGUUUUCUUAACGAGGCGCAUCCCGCAAGAAGGGAUGAAGAUCCUUUCAGCGGCUGGAGUGUGUGAGGUGUCUCUGUGGGACUCGGACGAGCCUGUGCCGAGGACAGAGCUUCUCAAAGGUGUCCAGGGGGCUCACGGUCUCCUGUGUAUGCUGUCAGACAAGAUAGACGUUGAGGUCCUGGAUGCGGCAGGGCCAAACUUGAAAGUUAUCAGCACCCUCUCCGUGGGGUUUGACCAUUUGGCUAUGGAUGAGAUUAAAAAACGCGGCAUACGCGUCGGAUACACUCCGGACGUCCUGACCGAUGCCACGGCAGAACUGACCGUGGCUCUGCUGCUCGCCACCGCCCGAAGACUACCGGAGGGAGUGGAGGAGGUUAAAAACGGUGGCUGGAGCUCGUGGAAGCCUCUGUGGCUGUGUGGUUACGGUCUCUCUGGCAGCACUGUAGGAGUUAUUGGACUGGGGCGCAUAGGAAUGGCCAUAGCUCGGAGACUGAUGCCCUUUGGAGUGAAGAGACUGCUGUACUCUGGGAGAACAGUCAAAGCUCACGCUGCUGAGGUGAAUGGAGAGUUUGUUCCCCUGGACACGCUUGUGUCUGAGAGCGACUUCAUAGUCGUUUCCUGCUCCCUGACGCCUGAAACUCAGGGCCUGUGUGACAAGGCUUUCUUUAGCAAGAUGAAGAACACAGCGGUCUUCAUCAACUCAAGCAGGGGAGCUGUGGUGAACCAGGAGGAUCUGUACGAGGCUUUGAGCAGCGGCCAGAUCGCCGCAGCUGGGCUCGAUGUCACGACACCUGAGCCACUCCCAACAAACCACCCGCUUCUCACACUAAAAAACUGUGUGGUGUUACCGCACAUCGGCAGUGCCACUUACUCCACGAGAGGCAUCAUGUCGGCUCUGGCCGCCCGAAACCUGCUGGGUGGUUUGCAGGGCACAGACAUGCCCAGUGAACUCACUUUCUAGAGGUUACAACUUAACCACUGUGUCUGCUGUCUCCUCCGGUGCCUCGUGGACAACAGCGAAGAAUAAUUUUAUCAUGUAGAUGAAAAGAAUAGUACGAAUACUAAACGUUCACCCUCAGCUGCACGUUUCCAUCCUGUCGGCGUUAGCUCGGUGGUGUCAAUUGACUCUGUCGCACUGUGUCGACUUGUGAGGAAAGAAAUCAGUGCAGUUUUGUCAUUUCAAGGUCUUAAAAAAGAGGAUAAUGACUCAUAGAUCUUCAUAAACCCUGUAUGCAGUCUGUGCCUUAUGAGGAUCUUAACAUAAAACCCCUUCUCUUUCGCAUUUUAAAUAAUUCCUUCAGAAUAGAAUCAGUAGUUGUUCAUCCCUCCCAUCCCGAAUUUAAGAGGUGCCAAACAGAUUAGCAUUUUACUUCCAGGUCUGCACUUUAAUCUCAUAUUAACGCUCCCUCUUCUCCCACUGAAGCACAUAACACUCCAGUUUUGUAUGAAGUAGGAUUUUUCUGAAGAAUAAAAACACUGGUUUGGUUUCAAUGUGAAA